GUAAUCAAGAAGUUUGAUUGAAAUAGUUGAAAGUGAAGUGGUGGUUACGAGAGAAAUUUCUAUCGGCAAGAAUAUUCAGUCAGUUUGAGAGAAAAAAUGGUACCUCUUCUUAUAUUGCCCUUACUUCAAGUCAUACUAGCAUUCCAAACAACAAACACCCUUUCUUAUCCGAACCCCAUCUACGGUACAAAAAGGUAUGGUCGCUCGGCUCAAGCCCAACACAGAGUGGCGUCUUACGAUCCCUACACCUAUCAAAACGUACAUAGAUAUCCCGUAGGCUACUACAAGCUCGAUCCCUACACGCAAACGUACCCAGAGAGCUACUACUAUCCGCAGCAGGAGUCGUACCCCAUGUACUAUGCCCCAGCUAGGACGUCAAAGUACGAAAUUUACCAAGCAGUUCUACCUUACUACUACCAAGAUGUCCCUCUACCGAGGCAAGCGUACAGCGGUUACUACGACUACAGCGACCCUGUAGUCGACGUGCAAGACGAACUAUUGCAAGAAGCCGAGAGAGAGGAAAGAGAGGAGACGCAACCGAUAGGGCAUGAGUCCUACUAUGAAAAUGACGGGGACAACUUUGGGGAUGAAGCCAGCGUUGACGAUAUCAACGCAGCUUUCCUGCAGAAUCUCAUUAUGACUCAAAUGUACCAGGACUCUCUGGAAAACGGCAAAAAAGCGCCUGCAGACGUGUACGGAGACUACGACGAAGAUUACUCCAAGGUGCCUACUGAAUUGGAUGACGUGAACCAACAACCUACUCGUGUUGCUGAUGACGAGGCUGUAAAGGAAUUGAAACAGCUACAGAAAGCCAACAGAAAAGAUCAGUACAGAAACAGGGACAGCAAGGGCAGCGACAACCACUGGACGCAGAGAAAUCAGGAGAAGAAGCAGAGGAGGAACAGACAAAGAAAACAGAAACAGGAAGAGAAACGGUCCAACGUCAAUUCGAAUGAUAUUCCUUUCUCCCCUGAAGACGUUCUGGUGUAUUACGACAGGAAGCCUGUCAUCAAGGUUGGCACUACCAAAUCACCGUCUACUACAACCACAGGUGCUCCGGAAAGGGAGUCCAGGGGCCAGAAGGAAGAGUUUCAAAUGAGACCUGCCACUCCUGUGAGAAACCCUUUUGCAGGCCCGGUCCUGGCGAUGAUGGCCAAUGAUGGUGAGAGGAAACGUACGCCAUCUGUUUACGAUACGAUCAAACGUCUGCUUGAUAUGGAGAAGAGCAUGGAAAAUAGCCAAGCUGAAAACGCAAUUCGCCCCUCAAUGAAGAAGAGGAUAAUCACCCCAGAGGAGUUUCAAAGAGGCGGAAAUGAAGAAGCAUACCCGACUUGUAGGGUAUGA